AUGCCAUUGUGCUUGAGCCUCCAAGAUGCUUACGAUAUAGGGCGCACGGCCAUUGACCUUGUCCCUGGUAUUGCCACGGCUCGAUCACUCGAAACGGGUGAUAGACAACAUCUACUCAGUUUUGCCAGAGGUCUUGCAGCUUCAGUGACAGGGGCUGCGAUUAGGCUCAAGAAGGAUCCAUCGGAGGCACUGGCAAUUCUCGAGCAAGGCAGGGGUAUUCUGGGAUCAUCGCUGGACGAUAUACGAACAGAUAUAAAGGAGCUUCAGCAAGCGUUUCCUCAGUUGGCAGAGAGAUUCAUGCGUCUACGCGAAGAACUUGAACCUUCCACUGGUUCGCAUUUCAGUGACGAGCUUGAAGAGGACCGAGGUUUACGACGGCGAAACGCUGCCGAGAACUUUGAUGAUCUGCUGGACGAGAUACGAAAAAUGCCUGGAUUUGAGGAUUUUCUCGGUCCUCUUACCACGGACCAGAUACGUGCGGCAGCUGCUUAUGGUCCUAUCGUGGUCAUCAACAGCAGCUGGAUGGGAUGCGAAGGAAUAGUCAUCGAGAGAGAGCGUAUCACAUCGAUGGUUUUUAAAGAUCUGGACGAUGGUGAGUUGAUGGAACGCGCAGAGGGAUUCGACUUGGGAACCCCUGAUAUGCUUGAGUGGCUUUGGGAUACUAUCACGGGCCGCGUACUGGAGGCACUGGGUUUCACGGAGACACCACCCAAUCAGCAGGAAUGGCCUCAUGCUUGGUGGAUACCUACUGGGCCGUUGAGUAGGUUCCCACUCCAUGCUUCGGGGCGACAUCGAGAGCGAUCUGGCAGGGCGGUGAUGGACAGAGUGAUCUCAUCUUAUAGUCCAUCUCUGAGAGCCCUCGUACACGGACGCCGACAACGUGUGGUUACAGCCGGCCCCACGGAAGCUCUUCUGAUAGAUGCGGAGCAUACAGAGAACCACCCUCAUCUUCCACAGGCGCGGGCAGAGAUCAAGGUGGUUAGCAAGAUCUGCGAGAGUAUGGCAAUACGACCUGUUUCAGUUGGUCAAAGCAAGCAAGAUGUGCUUUCUUGUCUACUAAACUGCAAGAUAUUCCACUUUGCAGGACACGGAUACACCAACGGCGAUGACCCGUCCAAAAGUCAUCUUUGUCUGAGCGACACCAGCGAUCCCUUAACAGUUGGGGAUAUCUUGAAGUUAAAUCUGCACGAAGCGUCACCUUUUCUGGCGUAUCUUUCAGCUUGUAGCACCGGGCGUGUUCAAGAUGACAAGUUCAUCGAUGAGAGCAUACAUCUCAUCAGUGCAUUCCAAUUAGCUGGGUUCAGACAUGUCAUUGGAACUUUAUGGAAGGUAAGGGAUAAGCAUUGCGUUGAUGUCGCGCGAGUUACGUAUGAAGCUAUAAGAGAAGGGGGGAUGACUGAUGAUUCGGUGUGUCGAGGCUUGCAUAAGGCUACGAGAAUGCUGAGAGAUAGUUGGCUUGAAAGUUUCGACAAGAAGAGGGAACGGCUAGUGCAAGGAGAUGAGAAAGGAACGAGGAAUGUUAUUCCUUGCGAUGAUGAGGAGGAGAUUAUAGUUGGACUGGUCCCGGCUUAUUGGGUCCCUUAUGUUCACUUUGGUGUUUGA